UCGUUCAAUUUUUUGGUUCUGCACAUCUACUGGACUUGGUUACGGUUUAUUAGUGCUUACUUCACCAUCUGAGGCAGAUAUUGAGAAACUGAAAAAGAAAUUGCCAGGUGUAGAACGUAAUUCAAAAGAAGUCAUAAACAAAAACCAACAAUUUACAAACGUGUUACAAGCAGCAACAGAGAAUAGAAAGCCACUUUAUCGUUUAUCGCAAAGUGAAAUAGAAAACGAUAUUAAAAAAUAAUCAUUAACAGAAUAAACCCAAUAAUAGUAAUAAGAUGGAUAUAAUAGAUGACAAGCCUAAUAAAUUAAAUAUCCUAACAAAACGAGAAUUGGAAAGGCAAAUAAAUUUACAGAAAAAGAAGGAAAAUAAGGAGCUUCUUUCUGCUGAUAAUGAAAAAUUAGGAUUUUUUGAUACAAUUUUUUCCGAUAAACAGAGCUACAUUGAAUCUUUAAUUGAUAAUUCUCCCAAGCUUCCAAAGAGUGAACUGCCUAAUCAUUUUAAUUAUAUUUCAAAAGAAAUAUUAACCUUACAAAAAUAUGUUUCUGCAUCUACCAUAUUUCUUAGACACUAUGAUUUGAAAAAGUGUCAGGAUGUUUUACAGGAAUUAUCGACAAGGGCUAAAGAUUAUGAGGAACAGUUAUUACCCAAAAAGAAAUUUGGUUUCAAGAAUAAGCCAAAACAAAAACCAAUUCAAAAGAAUAUUAAUGGUAAUAAUAAAUACGAUGAAGUCGAUUCAAAUCCAAUAUCCCAUUUAAUUGAGUACAGUUGUGGCUUUUUCCAUAAACAAAAUGAAACACUUACUAUGACUAAUGCAGAAAUAUUUAAAAAAGAUGUUUCUGUUGAACAUCUAGAAAAUUGUAUUGUGAUUUUCAAAGGAAGUCCGUCAACUUUACAUUUAAACCAUCUAAAAAAUUGCAAGGUUUUCUCUGGUCCUGUAUCUACUUCUAUAUUUGCUGAAAACUGUGUAAAUUGCACUUUAGUUAUUGCCUGUCAACAAUUGAGACUGCACAGUUCAAAUAGCGUGAAUAUAUAUUUACACGUAACUAGUAGAGCCAUAAUGGAAGACUGUAAAGAAAUCCGUAUUGCCCCUUAUAAUUGGCAUUACGAAGGAAUUGAAGAUGAUUUUGAGAAUGCCUCGUUAGAUAUGUCUAUAAAUAAUUGGAGAAGUAUCGAUGACUUCAAUUGGCUAAGCGAUAAGCGUUCCCCAAACUGGAGGGUGAUUGAAGAAAAAGACAGAGUGAAACAGUGGGAUAGAAUUGAAUAGUUUUUGUAUUUGAAAUAUACCUAGUAAAAUAUAUAGACAGCUAACAAUGUCUUUUUAAUUAUUGUUAAUAUAUUAUUUUGAUGAUUGGU